AAAAACCGUGCAUUCAAAGGACUACGCGCGAAGAAGCUCGCAAACCCUGGGAAAUCCCCAAUCUGGAGAGAUGGAAGCAAUCGAUGUCGACGCCGGCGAUGGCGAUCACUUCAUCUCCCUCGUCGAGGCUGCGGAGGCCGAAGCCCUCUCCAAGCGCCCGAAGAUCCAGCAAUCCCUCGAGGGCUCAUACACCGCCGCACUGCGCGGUAGCCGUAGCUCUCUCUGGCAGAAGCAGGAGGAGCUGAAGCAUCUUCACAAGAAGCCGAACAACCCUCCUUCCGGAUUUUCGGUUCCUACGUCUGGUUCUUGCUUUAAGUGCGGGAUGACUGGGCACUGGGCUCGGGACUGCGGAUCGGCAGCAGGAGGAGCAGGAGGAGGUGGUGAUUUGAUGCGGGGAAGUGUUGACACUGGUCGAUCUUCGGCGGAGGUGGCGGACAAGGCUUGCCCGUGUGGGUCGGGGAAUUGCUUGGUUCUCGUCUCCAACACAGCCAAAAACCCGGGGCGCAAGUUCUACAGAUGUCCUGUGAGAGAGGAGAAUGGAGGCUGUAAUUUCUUUGAGUGGUGUGAUAAUCCAUCACCAGCAAUCCGUACUACAAAGAAUGUUUCUAGUUAUCCAUCCAAUUCUUCAGCCUCAAAGUUUCCAUGCCCCUGCGGUGCUGGCCCAUGCCGAGUGCUAGUUACAGAGACCGGAAAAAAUGUGGGCCGACAGUAUUACUGCUGCCCCAAGACUGACGGUACAUCGUCAUGUGGCUUCUUCAAAUGGUGUGAUGAUCAGACCUCAGCCACCAGCCAGCGCACAUUCUCUACGCCGUUAGACAACACGAGCAGUCAAUUUUCAGGUGGAAGAACUAACUCCUCUUGCUUUAAAUGUGGGCAGGAAGGGCAUUGGUCUCGAGACUGCCCGAAACAAUCAUCAGAUUCCUAUUCUAAUGGAAGACCAAGCCAUGUUGAUUCAUCAAGCUCAGGUACUUGCUUCAAGUGUGGCAAGACUGGACAUUGGGCACGAGACUGCUCCAUCAAAGAAGACAAUACCGGUAAGGCCAACAAACGAACUUCAAAUGCUUUCCAAAGCUCAUAUCGCCCGAAAUAUAAAUAGAAUAUGUAGCUAAGCUGUGUGGCAUAUGACUGGUUAAAACUAAAAUGUCAUCAAACUUUUAUCCUACAUAGUUGCUUUCAAUGUAAAUACUACAAACAUGAUGGUUUUGAGUUGUUAUCAGCAUGGCUUUGAUUGGCUUAAGUCUCAUGCAUAUAUUGCUUGUUUUACUGUAGUUGCUGCUACUCAUGCUUUGAUAUUUCAAUGUGCAAAUAGGCUGGCUUGCAGGUUUUUUGUUU